GUAUUAUCUAUGGCAGCACACAACUCUAGCAACUAUUUUCUUAUCUGUGACAAUGCAUUAUACAGCUUUGUCGACGCGAGGCUUGGCACUCGCGUUUCGCGCUUUCGUCUCCCGCCAUUUUCGUAUACUGUUAUAUUUGCUUGAGUGGUCCUGUAUGUUUAAUUAAGAUAUACAUAAAUUAAAAUGUCUGACAAACCGAAGCGGCCGAUGUCUGCAUACCUGCUGUGGCUGAACAGUGCCCGAGAUAAAAUAAAAUCUGAACACCCGGGCUUAAAAGUCACAGAGAUUGCCAAAAAAGCUGGCGAGAUCUGGCGCGGCAUGGAGGACAAAAGCGAGUGGGAGGCGAUGGCGGCCAAGGCGAAGGAACAAUAUACCGCCGACCUGGAGUUCUACAACGCGAACGGUGGCGAUGGCGGCGAGGAGAAGAAAAAGAAGCCACAGAAGAGAGGCAAGAAGACCAAGAGCGCGCCCGCUGCCAAGUCAAGGAAAAAGAAACAGGAGUCUGAGGAUGAGGAUGACGCCGAGGAGGACAACGAAAGUGAUUGAUCUCGCACUGCUCUAGAAUAAUUUAGCUUGUAGUCACUCUAAUGAAAUAAUAUUUUUAUGAGAUUCCCAUUGGUAAUAUUUUUUUGAUCAAGUUUCAUUAUGAGCUAAUUCGAUGCAGCACAAGUAUGCAGCAUGCCACAAGGGGUGCGUGUGUGUCUCAUUGUCAUGAUUCACUCUUAAACAAGAGUAAGAGUGAGGACAGCAGUGCUGGCCCUCCGAUUGUAUCUCUGUCAGAAAACUUAAAACUUCAUGGUGCAAAUACCUCAACAUAAUAAUUUUGAUAUGACUCUUUUAAAAUUGUUUUUUAAUCAUAUAGAUUUCUAGUUGUACUUAAUAUAAUUUUGUGUAAUAUGUUCCGUAUGCAUUUAUAUCGUCAUAAGUGUAAGUGAAACUAUGCCAAGUAUUUGUAAAAUAAAAGACUAUUUCAUAUAAUGAUUUGGAUUUAA